CUCAGCGCGCGGCGUGGGGCGGGGCGGUCCUCAGUGCCGGCUGUUGGUCAGACGGUCGGUUCUGGACUCUUGUGGCAGCGGCGGCGGCAGCGGCAGCGGGGGCACCGGAGCUCGGGCGAUGGCAGCGCCGAGGUCAGAGGCGGCCGCGGUGGCGGCAGGACCGUCCCCGCGGGGCGGCAGCACGACCAGGCAUCGCCGGGAUCGGUGGCGGUGGGGCCUGGCGGGCGCGAGCUGCGCGCUCCUGCUGCCGCUGUUGCUGCUGCUUCUGUGCGCGCCCCCGAGCGUGGCCCAGAAGAAAAAGGAGAACCUUUUGGCUGAAAAAGUGGAGCAGCUGAUGGACUGGAGUGUGAGGCGCUCAGUUAUCCGAAUGAAUGGGGACAAGUUCCGGAGGUUUGUGAAGGCCCCCCCCCGGAACUACUCAGUUGUGGUGAUGUUUACGGCCCUGCAGCCACAGAGGCAGUGCUCCGUGUGCAGGCAGGCCAAUGAAGAGUACCAGGUGCUGGCAAACUCCUGGCGCUACUCCUCGGUCUUCUCCAACAAGCUCUUCUUCAGCGUAGUGGACUAUGAUGAAGGUGCAGAUGUUUUCCAGCAGCUCAACAUGAACUCGGCCCCGACCUUCAUGCAUUUUCCUCCAAAGGGGAAACCCAAGCGCGCUGACACUUUUGACCUGCAGAGAAUCGGGUUUGCCGCAGAGCAGCUUGCCAAGUGGAUUGCUGACCGGACAGAUGUCCAUAUCCGCGUGUUCCGGCCCCCCAACUACUCGGGCACCAUCGCCUUGGCCUUGCUGAUCUCUCUCGUUGGAGGCCUGCUCUACUUGAGGAGAAACAACCUGGAGUUCAUCUACAACAAGACGGGCUGGGCCAUGGCUUCCCUGUGUGUGGUCUUUGCUAUGACGUCAGGACAAAUGUGGAAUCAUAUCCGGGGACCUCCGUAUGCUCACAAGAACCCUCAGAAUGGACAAGUGAGUUACAUCCACGGGAGCAGCCAGGCUCAGUUUGUGGCCGAGUCACACAUCAUUCUCCUGCUGAAUGCUGCCAUCACCAUGGGGAUGGUCCUCCUCAACGAAGCUGCCACCUCCAAAGGGGAUGUGGGCAAGAGAAGAAUCAUCUGCCUGGUGGGCCUGGGCCUAGUGGUGUUCUUCUUUAGCUUCUUGCUGUCCAUCUUCCGCUCCAAGUACCAUGGAUACCCCUACAGCGCCUAGCCCAGUGCCUGGCCCCUAGCUUUUUAAUUAAAUGAAACCCUGCAGGAUUUGCCCAAGAUGAAUGUUUACCAGGAAGGUAAACUGUACCUGAUCUUGAUCCUGACCCCAACGUUAUGUUCUCUAGAAUCUUUGGUGGUUCCACCAGUAACUGUGAUAAGUUAGACCCAUCUUGGACGGAAUUCAUUGUGCAUUUUGCUAGUGAAAAUAA